AUGGAUCCACUUGUCAGCGCUGUUGGCAUGCAUGCUGAUGCAGAUGAGUCCUCUGAUGACGAUGAUGCAGUUGGAAGCCUAGGGGCUGCCAGUAAGUGGCUGCGAAAAGCAUGCGCGCACCACAAAUCUGAAGGGUCAGUGGACGCAAUUUCGAACUUCCUCAGCAAGCUGGACAAAGCUGCUGUAGCCAAGGUUCUAGAUCAUGGCAACAGGAACGGGAAAUCAGCGCUCCACUUUGCAAGCCAGCUCAGAGGUGAUGAAGUGGAAUUGGUGGAGCUCUUUCUUGAUGCGGGAGCCGAUGUGAACGUGGCAACUCGGCGAGGCCACACGCCUCUCAUCUUUGCAGCAGGGCGCGGCCACAAUAAGAUAGUGCGGCUGUUGCUCAGCCGAGGCGCAAACCCACGUGUUAUUGUUGUGACUGGGGACACUCCUGUAAGUAUGGGACGGACGCGGUUGGAUGCCCAAACCUUUGCGAUGCUUGAGGAGGCUGAAAAGUCCUUUCAUGGGCCUUGGAUGGACAGUCGCAAUGCCAGCGAUGCCUUACAGGCACAGGCAGACCAUAUGAAGACAUGCCCGCAAUGCCGGCGGAAGCUGCAACAAAAGGAAGCGGCAGCUGAAGAGGCGCAGCGAGAGAAGUUGUCUGCAGAUUUGGCCUCGCAAAUAGCUGACAUCUUACACAGCGUUCUCAACAGAACGCAGCUUGUUUCCUUAGUAGCUGAAACAUGUAGCACUCGCCGCGGGCGCAGCAUUCUGCACGACGCGCUGCAGAAAGCUAUUUCCAAUUCGUUGUCGACGCAAAGGGCCACUUUGACUGAGCUGCUGACAUUGUUUGACGAGGAGGCUUUGGGCCGCGCUCUUCACGAAAUAGGGCACCGAGACCGGCGACCUAUCCGUACCAUGCUCUCGGCAUUGCUGGAUGAGCUUCAGAGGUCGCCACGUUGGCUUGACAGGGUCAACGUACCAGACAUCACAGCAGCAGCUUCACUACAUCUGGCCAUGGAAGUGAUCCGAUUUAAAACACAAUUCGCUGCCGAUGAUGGCUUGGCAGUGGAGGAGUUGUGGCAAAGGCUUCAGAGGUGGGCUCAGCUGCCCAGCACUUUCACCCCAGAAGUCUCAAUCGCAGCUGGCACUUCAUUGUCAAGGAAGCAGGGAGGGCCUGCUGUUACAGAGCUGCUGCAACGUCUUCGAUGGGCAUGUGCCAUGCAAGCUGUGACGCCCCAGUGGACUCAGAUGGUGGAGGACGUUGUGGAAGAAGCGUUCCAAAAGCAGCAGUCAAGACAGUUGUAUGAUGCGGUCAAGAACUCCAUGUCCAUACCAGCUUGGGCUGUUGAACAGCUCAGGGAGGAGAAGCUAGGCAGCACUGCCGUCGCAGUUGUCGACUGCAACGGGUACGCUAGAUCUGCGGCUUCGCCCUCCUUCGACCAAGAAAAAUCCGAAAAGAUGAUGAUGCCCAAGUUGCCCGACCUCCAGGAGUACACCCUGCCAGUUCAGCACCAGUGGGUUUCGGACGGCGACGGCUUGGCCUCCGUGAGACAGGUUCUUGAUAGAUACUUUUGCGAAUCUCAGCAGCCCUUCGUUGGAGUUGAUACCGAGUGGGGUCUUAAUGGUGAGAUUCCUUCCGUUGUGCAGCUUGCAAUUCCUCAGCAUGCUUGGGUCAUAGAUACUGCUACGCCUAAUCCAGAUGCCAGAGCAUUCUUCCGAUGGCUGUUUCAGCAUGAAGGUGUGCCAUUCCUGGGUUUUGCAUUCUCCCCCGAUGCAGACAAGCUGACGGAACUCAUGAAAGAUGAGAACGGCGAGACCGUCAGAGAGAUUCAAGUCAUCGACUUGCAGAAGCUGGCCAUGCUGCAUGUUGGUGCCAAGGGACACACCCCUGGAUUGAAAUCCGUUGCUGCAAUGUGGCUUGGAGUACACCUUGACAAAACGGAGCAAUGUUCUGACUGGGACAGGCGCCCCCUCUCCGAGUCUCAGAUGCGCUACGCUGCAGCUGACGCGAUGGUGCUGCUUGAUAUUGCAGCUGCUAUGGACCUUGAACCUUCUGGCGAGAGGGAUUCCUCUCCGAAAGAUGAGAAUGCCAACAAG